CACGACAGAGGCAUAUGUUUUAUCGUCACUGUAAAUACAAGACAUGCAGUAGAUAUUUCCAUGUGGUUUGAACAGUGUUUUAUCUUUACCUCUUAGCAAACGUCGUUUGGCUGAAAACAUGAUAGCUGCAAAGCUAGCUGACAGCUUUUAAACUAACGUUACCGGUAAUUAAGCGAUAGGAAAAUAUACUAGACACAACUAUUUACCGGUAUACAACUGCUUUUCUGAAGUUUUCUUCAAUUUGGAAAUCUUAACUUGAUUAAAAAUGCAACUAUAUUUGUCUCUAUUUGACUUGGCUGCCAGGCCAGUGGAGUGUUUUGCAAAUGGAUUAACGCUUUCAUUUCCCUUAAAUUUAGUCCACUAGAAAUUAAUCUAUAAUAAUUACGUUCAUAAUCAGUUUUACUCACUGUUAUCUCCCAACAUCCAAUUCGUGUAUAUAUAAUUUAUUUCUACAAGUAUGUGAUGGAAUGAAAGAAAAGUACUGUAAUGUGUAUUUCUUGAGAACAUCUUGUUUUUAUUAAAGGGAAAUACGUUUCCUCAAACGUCUUUAAGCUAAUAGACCUUGUGAAAUGCAGGUGCAACUAAUAACAGUAAUGAUGGCUGCAGUCCAUUGAGGUGUGUCAUUCAGUUACCUGGCUGCAUGCUGCCUCGCUGGUCUGACAUUAGCCUAAAUGAAAGUCAGCCAUCAUUGUUAUUGGUUCCACCUGUGUACAUGUCCACAUGUCUGCUGUGAUAAAAGGUCUCUUCAUGCCUCCACUCAUUCACUCACUGAGUUUCUCCAACUGGGUUGCUAAAUUUGAAUUGGCCAAGCAAGCGUUUGCAUCAUCCAAGCAUUUCCUCUGUGAUCUUCCAGUCUCAUUAUAGAAUAAUUUGUCAGAAUGCCAACUAACAUUUAGAGGCCAGGGUAAGAGAUGGUCAGAUCUUUGUGAAGCAGACUGUCCACCUACAACAUAAACAUGGAUAAAGAACUCAAACAUGCAAAAAUGUAUCGAGUGUUGAAGAUUGAGCAAGAGAAGCCUCCUUCUCAGAGACGAGCAGUCAUGGCACCCCAGUGGGACGCUGUGGAGUCCGACACGGAGAGCUUGGCCCAGGAGAGAGCCUACCAACAGCAGCUACAAAUACGUGUUGGCCACCAGGAUCUAAACAAAUACAUACUCCCUCAAAAGAGGAAUACUGACAUCUUACAGCAGGGAGAUGGGGAGGAUGAAGAUGUAAGUGAUGAUGAAACUGAGGAUUGUUUAGUUUAUGAUAGCUUGGAAGUAGCAGCACACCCCCACAUCGAGAGAAACGCUACCCUUUUACAGACUGAAUAUCUGGAUACACAAAGAGAUGAAAGAGAGGGGAUGAGCCAGCUGCUCUCUGAUGACGCCUAUUCAGACCUGCGCUAUGACCCUAACUGGAGGACCAACCUGAAGGGAGCUGACUGCUUUAAUGAGAGUCCACGGAGCUCUGUCAAGGAAUAUUACCAAAUCCCUAAAGACAACCCUAGCCAGUUAAGUGGUGACAGACAGGAACUGGUCAUAAGAGGAGGAUACAGAUACAUCUCCGACACAAGUCCAGAUGUUUUGGUGACUCCUCAAACGGCUGGCAAUGAGUGUGACCAGCCGUACCGCCUACACCCACAAGACAGUCAGAAUAGCCAUCACAACCAUGCUGUACAGCUUAAAUCACCAGAAGCUGACCUUUUAGGGCCAUCCAGCAUUUUUACUAAAAAUGAAAACCACAACACUUUACAGGGGGGAUUCAAAGAGAAGCAUCAGAAUAGCUAUGACGAAGCUGGCGAAGAUAUUAGCAGAUCUGUUGAGCUGACAGAGCACUUAGAGAAUGUACAUACAAUGUACAUCCAAGAAUUUCAGACCUACUACGAGCAUGAACUGAGACGCACACAAGGAGGACCCAUUCAAACACAGCAAAUGAGCACAUCCACACUGAAGAGUCCUAAGAUUUUAUCGAACAAAAAGCCAGAAAGACUGAAAGAGGACAUAGUGGAACGCAACAAAUUAACCCUGGGGCGCCACACAUCCAAACGUGGCUCCUAUGUGAGGGUGCAUGCACUUAAACAGGAGAUGCCUCAGAAUUUGAAUAAGGUGCAUGAAACUCUUGAGGAGACAGCUACUGCGGAGAGUCAAGAGGACAGUUCAGACCCAGAGCUGAGGUGGCUCCAGAAAACACAACAGCUGAGGGUCACCCAGAUCAGUAAAGGAAAGAAAGCCCAGCGGAAGGAAAACCCCAGCCCCUCUCAACAGCAGUGGCCCCAUGCCCCAGGGGUCAAAGCUGAGAGGAGAGACUGUCUGAGCUCCCCAUUAGCAAGACCAGCCGCUGUAACACAGCCAAAACCUCAGAAGACAACCUCAUCGCAGCCUUUGCCUCCCACUAUCCACCUCAACAUCAACCUGAACACUUUAUCCCAGCUCCGUCCAUUACUCCAACAGAAGGCCCAUGAUGCCAUCAUGAAUUUAGCAUCUCUUCAUGGGCGUCCCCAUUGGAGCCCCGGAUCUGAAGUUCAGUUUGGCACCCACAUGUGCCAGGAAGGACUACAUACAGAACUUUACCACAGAAACCAGGAGAAUAGCCCUGAACAAUGGCAAAGUACAACUGCAUUAAAGUGGCCAUUAUCCUGUGAAGGAGAGGACCAGAAGUGGAGCUCAAAUAAGCCAUUUCCACAAAACCUCCCCAGGGCACCCACCAGCACUUGGUCACAGGGUUCAGGCUCCUACACAGUGCUGCCCCCCAUAGGAAAGCAAGUAAUGGAAAAAGAGCAUGAGAUGUGCCCUGAUCAGAGUGCGAACACAACCUAUCCCAUCCAUACAAGCAGCUCUGAUGGCUACCUGGUGCAGAUGGAGAAACAGAAGCAGCUGAGGGCAAGAGUAACAUACAAGGCAUACAGUGUAAAAGACUACAAGCAGCUGAUGCCAGUCGUGACUCUGCAAGGCCUGGGUCCCGACUACACAGCCCUUGAAAAGACAAAAAUGAAACAACAGAAGCUGUAUUCAAAUGUGAUCCGCGAGCAGAACAAAAAGAUAAGUAGGAUUCCCUUUCUACCGGCCAAGGACCCGGAAGGCAAUGACAAGAAAGUUCCCAGGAUGAAGGCCUUGGAAUAUGCCAAGACUAUAGCCAAACCGCCUCAACCAAAGCUCAGACAGAAACACCAGUCUGAAGGCUUCACUGAGCACACUCCUUGCUUGGAGGGCUUGGACGUGGCCCAGCUGGCCAGGCUGGAACUCCUUGGAAAACGGCAUGAAGAAGAAAAGCAGGCUGUGGCACUCUUCAGAAAAAUGCACGCUGUCUGAGGCAAGAUGCAAUUCACAGAAGCAGUCCAUGUAACCCAUGAUGUUCUAGAUAUCUGUUCUCCAAGAUGUGGGACACAACAUGCUGCCUCAUUAAAUUUGCUAUGCUUAUUAUCACAUCAAAAAAUCCUUAUGAUAUACGAGAAGAUUGGCGUUCUCAAACAGUGACUGCUUUGCUUUUUGUGUGUCAUCGGGUAUGAUUUCAUAAGAAAUUAAUUUGAUUCCUUUUCUGAUGCUCACUGCUACUGUUCACUCAGCACAUACAGACCUAAAACUUGCAAACCUUUUGGACUUGGCACAUGGUGGAAAGAGUGAAAGCCUUUUUUCCAAAAACACAAAGGUAUACUCUAUAACAGGAAGUUAUAGUAACAUUGUUUAAAGGAAAUUUGGUUUUAGCUUUGAACACCAGCAGUAACUCUGCUGCUGAGUUGAGAUAGGGACCACUAAUCACUAUGGAUUUAUGUGGUGGUUAGGGUAACUGUAUCAAGAUAUUACAUUUAAUAUAAUAUAUUUUGAUCUUAAAAAACUAUACAAAUACCACUUAUUGCAAAAUAUAAACUGUAAUUAUACACACUGUUUCCUUGUAUGGAGGUUAGAGAUAUUAGCUUGUGAGCACUUCUGUAAAUCAAAGAAAACAUUCUGGCUGCCUCUUUUAUGCUGGUCAGGGUAUUUUCAGUGCCUAAGCAUAAUAUGGCAAGCCAAGUGCAUAUCUGAUGUUGCACUGUAACAAAACUCAGGUUAGCCACUGGACAAUGAUUCCUUGUUUCUGUAAAUGUUUGGUUUGGACCACAUGAGUGUUUUUUUAUCCACAGAUGUCUGAUAGAAAUCAGUGUACCCUCUGUGAUGUCACCAGUAGGUUUACAAGGGUCUUUUGAUGCUUGGAUUUGGGAUUGGUGUUCACUGAAAUCUUGGCAGCCACUGGACCUUCGUUUGAGGCUUCCCUCAAAUCAAAAUCUGGAUUUUGGUUUGGAAUUUUGGAAUGGAACUGAGUCUAAAAAAAAAAAAAGUAAGACUUCUUGGAACCAGCAUCUAUUGACUGUUAAAGGACUGCAUCACAGGGCACAUUCAUUGGUUUCACCACUCAGCUGUAGUUUAGAGCUCAAUAGAGCUAUAGAUAAUUGUAGCAGCAUGGUAUCACUAACAGAUAUGCUAUGCAUGAUCAAAUCAAAGUCAAGUCAAGUCACAUUUAUUUAUAUAGCACAUUUCAUUCAUACAUCAGGCGUAAACUCAGACAAUGUUGCGCUUUUACUCCGUAAGUAAUCAUGUUGACAUUCUCUCACUCACUGUGAGUCUUAGUGAAACCCUCAUCUCUGUGGCUGUUGUCCGGCCUCGUCUAUUACAUCCAACUUAUCAUUUUUAACAAAAAACAACAUGAAUGUUGACGUGAAGCUCUAAAUUGCAGGUCAGUCUUAAUUGUUGUAAUGAUAUAUUUAGCCCAUGGUAAUCUUUUUUUUUUUUUUUUUUUUUUUAAAUCCACAUUUUCAUUGUGUUGAGCACACACUCUUUGCUGCUGGUUUCAUUUUUUUCAUUCCUCCGUUUCUCUGGUUUACAGUGUAGAAAAUCCUGCUCGGAUACAGGAUGACACUUUGAAGCUCACCUGAUCUGGUCCCAGUCCUACUUUUUGUAGUCAUGUUCUAAAUAGUAACUCCUCCCUAACACGAAACACUCUCAAGCAGCUCAUUUUACUAAUUGAACCCUCAGAUCAUUAUCAAAGCACUAUUUACCUCUGUGCAAUAUUUUAAUUAGAUUAUAGUCUCUAUUUAACCCAUCAUGGACUCUUUGAAGCUGUGUGUUUUUAGUGUUAAGUCCUCAGAUGCGCGGCUGGAAACAAAUGACGGAGCCCUUUUUAAUUUAAUGAGAAACGCUGCCUAUCCACACUGAGUCUCUUUGCAUCUUUUUUUUGGUCCCACCUACUCGUUUUUUGCCAUUGAAAUCCAGUUAAUUGAAGGAGUCUUUCACCGCUAUACAUGAAGGGGGCCAAAUUAGCAUCCCUUUCUGCCCAUUGGGAAGCUAAGGCAGACGUGGAUGCUUUGAUGUGAGAAGCACGCUUUCAGUAGGCGGCAGGCUUCCUGCAAAUGAGCUGAUGGCCCUGCUAUUAGGCCCAAAUGCAGAUGCGUCCAUGUGUUGCAAAACGCUUAAUCUUUUAAUUGAUCACCUUCUGCAUGGCCUAUUCUCCACAUAGUUUUUUUCCCUGCUGCCUGUUAAUCAGAAUCACAUUUUGAAGAUGACAUGAAUUGCUUUUUAAAAGGCAGGAUAGCAUGAAGGACAAGAGAGGAUUGCAUGUUCUUUUGCAAAUACACACUGAGAGAUGCUGCUUGUGGUAAAAAAAAAAAAAAAAAAAAUUGAUAAUUAGACAACAAAUAGUUUACUAACCUAUCACCAUAUUGUUGUUCUGUAUUAGAAAAUAAAUAAUUACCAUGUAAAUAAAUAAUAAUUAUUACCAUGAAUCUGCUUCCUACAGUCUUAUCAUGGCAACUUUGUCUGCAGACCAGAGGACAUACACUGAAGUAUGGCAAAGUGUAGUUUAUGUUAGUUGUGAGACACUGUAUGCUGCAGCAUGGACUAUAAUAUUAAAAUACACUUUAUCAGUGAAACAAUGAAAUAACACUUAAAUAUCACAAAGGGUUUUUUUUAAUGUUUUUUUUACACUCAUCAUAUUGAUUAAGAAACAAGUAAUACUGCUGCUGUGAACUCCAGCUCCAAAUGAUAAACUUGUCAAAUUAUACGAACAUGUACAGGAAAAACCCCUGGAGAAAGAGAUGAUUGGCUAAAUUCAAUCAAGUGUUCGUUGAGGAUAAAAAUGCCAAAAUGUGCUGUAAAAAUCAUGUUGAAUCUUUUUCCUGAAUUGAUUUUUGUGUGUGUGUUUUGCUCCUUGCUUUCCCACAACAAUGCUCAAAAAGCUGUCUCUUAACAGUAGCAGAAUCAAUGUGUAAUAAAUAUGUGCUCAUUCCUGCAACACCA